CCCGCCCGCCCGGCGCGGCGGCCGGGCCCCGCGAUGCCGAACCAGAAGGGCGGCAAGGGCAAGAAGAACAAGCGCGCCAACAGCAGCGGCGACGAGCAGGAGAACGGGGCGGCGGCGGGCGGCGGCGCCGCGGCGGCGGCAGGCGGCGGCGCCGCGGCGGGCGGCGGGGCCGGGGCGGCGGCGGCGGGCGGCGGCGGCGGCGCGGGCGGCGGCGCGGGCGGCGCGGCGGCCGCGGGCGGCGCGGCGCCCGGCGACGUCAAGAGCGAAGCCCCUUGUGCUACUCCACUGAUCUGUAGCUUUGGAAGGCCCGUUGACCUUGAGAAGGAUGACUACCAGAAGGUUAUAUGCAACAAUGAGCAUUGUCCUUACAGCACCUGGAUGCACCUUCAAUGCUUUUAUGAAUGGGAAAGCAGCAUUCUUGUCCAGUUUAACUGCAUUGGCAGAGCAAGGAGUUGGAAUGAAAAGCAGUGUCGUCAAAACAUGUGGACAAAGAAGGGAUAUGAUCUCGCUUUUCGCUUUUGUUCCUGUCGCUGUGGGCAGGGUCAUUUAAAGAAAGACACUGACUGGUACCAAGUGAAACGAAUGCAGGAUGACAAGAAGAAGAAAUCAGUGUUGGAGAAGAGCACAGGAAGGUCUACGGCAGAGCCAGCAGAAGAAGCCAAAAAGGGCAGGCCAGCCAACAAGCCACAGAAAGGCUUAAGUCAUGAUAUCCAGCGAAGGCAUUCAAUGGACAGACAGAACUCCCAAGAGAAGGGUGUCAUUAGUGGGGGCUAUGCCAUUCGUUCUCCGUGUGUCUCUCCUGGCCAGUCCCCACCAACUGGGUACUCUAUUCUUGCCCCCACUCAUUUCAGUGGCCCACGUUCUUCACGAUACUUAGGAGAAUUUUUAAAGAAUGCUGUCCACCUGGAACCUCAUAAGAAGAACAUGGCUGGUGGGGGCAUGUUCAGGAAUGCGCAUUUUGAUUAUGGGGCAGCUGGUUUGCAAGCACAUCGAUCAGGACACUUUGAUGCCCCCGUGCAGUUUUUGAGAAGGCUUGAUCUAUCUGAGCUUCUUACUCAUAUACCCAGGCAUAAAUUGAAUACUUUCCAUGUGCGGAUGGAAGAUGAUGCCCAAGUGGGUCAAGGGGAGGACCUUCGGAAGUUUAUUCUUGCUGCUCUUAGUGCCAGCCACAGGAACGUUGUAAACUGUGCGCUAUGCCACAGGGCACUGCCAGUCUUUGAACAGUUUCCGCUGGUGGAUGGAACGCUAUUCCUUAGCCCAUCAAGACACGAUGAAAUUGAAUAUGAUGUUCCCUGUCACCUUCAAGGAAGGCUUAUGCAUCUCUAUGCUGUUUGUGUAGACUGCUUAGAAGGGGUUCACAAAAUUAUCUGCAUUAAGUGCAAGUCCCGAUGGGAUGGAAGCUGGCAUCAGCUGGGAACUAUGUAUACCUAUGAUAUUCUGGCAGCAUCUCCCUGUUGUCAGGCUCGACUGAACUGUAAACACUGUGGGAAGCCAGUAAUAGAUGUACGGAUUGGCAUGCAGUAUUUCUCUGAAUACAGCAACGUCCAACAGUGUCCGCACUGUGGAAAUCUAGACUACCACUUUGUGAAGCCAUUCUCUUCGUUUAAAGUUCUGGAGGCUUAUUGACGAAAGCUUUGCUUUAGUAUUAGCUAUUUUAUGGGUAUUUCAACUUUAUUACAUAUCUUUUUAUAGGAUUCAUUCUGUGAUGAAAUUAAUUUCUUUUCUAACUGAAAGAGCAGCUUCUUUGUCUGUGUAUAUAUUAAUGUGUAUAUAUACAUGUUGUUAAAACCAGGAUCCUCCUGACAAGAUCCCUGUGAAGGCUGGAGGCAAGCCAAUUUGAUGGCCUUUGAAUAUAUCCCAAGUGUGGGGUAAACUUCAGCUAAAAACGAUUUGGUUUUAUUUUUUGUAUUGUUGUAAUACAGUUUAUAGCAAAGGCGUGGGGAGACAUACAGGACAGAAAAAUACGUCCAGUUGGAAAGCAGUUAAUUUUGUAGGGUGAUGUCCCUCUAGCUUGGUGGAAAUGGGAAAUCCUUGGAAAGAAAUCAUCCUGUUACUGUUGAAUUCAUUGAGUCUUUAACAUUGGUUCUAAUGGGAGCAGGAAUGGCCCUAAACUGCUAGUCAUCUUAGCAGGCUUUCUUUUAGGUUUCCCAAGAUAGGGUAAACUAAGAUACUGUGACAAGUGAAUGUAAAUCUAUGCCAGAAGAUGCAAUCUUGAAAUGAAUUUUUUGGCAUAGCGUCUUCCUGCCAUGUGUGUUUGAUGCGCGUUACCCUCACUGACGGAUCAUACGGCAAUAGUACUGCUUCCACCAGUGUUGUGAUUAUAGCAGUCAGGUCAACUGUUUAUACCAAAACAAGCUGGAGAUGUUAAAAUGCUUUAUUUAAAGGUAUUUCUUCACAGAUAUUUUAAGACUUUAUUGUGAUAUGUGAGAGGAACAGGUUGAACUGAAUGGGAAUGUGUUCAUGUGUGUCUGCUGGGGCUGAGACUUGCUUCCUACUGCAGACUGGUGUGACUGGUUUGUAAAGAGAACCGUAAAGUGGGAUCUGGACCGUCAGAGCUGUAAGACCUGAGAGGUACUUAGUAUGAAACUUGGCAUUGAUUUUUAAAACAAUGAAUUGUUGCACCUUUAUCUUUCAAAAUUAUGUAAGUCCAAGAUUUAAAAACUUAUAGACUAUUUAAAAAAGCAAAUUUAGUGUAAUUGCUUUCUACAUGCCUAUGUGCUCCAUAUAAAAAACUGUGCAUUAGACAGUGCAUUUGUAUCAGAGGUUGGCCCUGUAGACUCUGACAAUAUUGUUUCUUGGCUCCAAUUUCUUACUUCCCUAAACAAAAGUUUUAAAAUAGGUCAUUUGUCUUUUACUUGGCUUCUCAAGUCGUUUGAGAUUUUGAUUUUUUUUUCUUUACUCCACAAUAUAUUUAUGAAGUGACUGUCCACUCAGGAGGUACAGUUUUUAUUACUUUUCAAGAGGUGGGAUUGUUUUUUGUUUCUUUUUAAGUUGUGAGACGCUAUUUUAAAACAAAUUAUGUUUUUUCCCAAAUUAGAAUCUUGAAUCUUAAGAUAUGUUGAAAUUAUGGUUUUGAAAAUGGCCUCUGCACACCCUGGGAAAGAAUACAAAAAAAUCGCAAGCCAAAAGGUCUUGCACGUGCUGAAUUGAGUGUUAUGCUUUCUGUUAAGAAAAUCUGCACAUAAAGCUUGAACUGAAUAUCCAUGUUUCUGUGUGCAUUAAAAAUGCCAAGUUUACAGUUUUAUUUCCUGGCUGUCUUUACUGCAGAAUUAGAUCCUUUUAGCAUUAGCCACUCUUCAAAUAAUACGCUGCACAGAGGGCUUAUAUGGCACAGAUCAGUUACUGUUAACUUGAGUGGUAAUGUCCGUAUAAGCCAGCCAACUCAAGUCAGUAAUUUUGACAUGUGGAUAGGACUGGACUGUCUAUCUCAUACAGUUGCACUGGUGAUGCACUCCUGGUCUGAACGACGAUGUUAGCAGCUGCUGACUGUGAUAGCCCACACUGCUAGCACUCCGCUUGUUCUGUCCUCACUGUUUCUGUACUUGUUUUUAUGUCUACAGCAUAUCCGUGGCUUUUUGUGCAAGCUUUUUGGUUGCUUUUUUGUGCAGUCUUUUUGGUUCCCUACUGCUUGUAACAGUUGUGGGAAAACCUGUUUCCCUUUAAGGUAAGUUACCGGAAGAACUUCUAACACUGUUCUAGUAGGGCUACUGCAAACUAAGUUAUUCCAACCCCAGGGACAGCAGAAGCAGCGCUGGUCUGUAGGAGGGACAGCUAGCCCACACGUACCUGGACUGGAGGAAGAGGUGGCUAGCAGAGAAAAUCUGGUUAGCUGUGCAGUGUAGACCUUCCUUACGGAGAACAAUCAGUUAAUAAUUUGAAUUAAUUCUGCAGGGAAGAUGUGUCCGUCAAGUUCUGUGGUACAUUCCAAAAAUCUCAUGGAGUUCAAAUAGUUAACAAAGUCUAGAGCUGCAUUGCCUGCCAGUACCAUGAGAGCCAGUUCAGAUAUACAAAUGGUAGAUACACAAAGGACUAUUGCAGUGGUAUUAAAUCACAUAGCAAAAUGAAACUCUUGUAAUGAGAAUAAUAAAAGGAAAUGUAUAUAACUGAUAUUUUAAUUUGAGUGCUAGUCACUCAUGCCUUGAGUCUAGGGUAUCAAUUCCCACAUAUCUUAGUAUCUUACAUGGAUAACAGCAUACUAUACCUUUUUUUUCCCCACAUUUGACAUGGACAGUUAUCACCAUGCAGUGUACAUGGUGGUGGAGAAUUGAGAUUGAAAUCUGGAAUUCUCCUAAAUACUUGUUCAUUUGCCCCCCCCUUUUUUUUAACUAUAGCUUAGUUAUAAUUCUGUUGUUUAAGUACUUAGAUGCCUCUCCAUGUGUGUAUAUAUGACAAUCGAGAAUGAGUGGAAGUGGAAAAAAGGAAUUUGUCCAGUUUUUAAAAGCACAAGCAUAUGAAAGAUUGUACAGAAUCUUCAAUUCAAAACCAAGAAGCAGACUAGGAGAGUGGGGGAAAAAGCAGGUUUAAAUUCCUAACAGUGAUGAGAAGUUUUUAUGUACAAAUCUACACAAGAAAAAAAUCCAGUUCUCAAUUAACUUUUUCUUUUAAUUCUGCUAUUGAGCCGUAGCUAAUGCUUGAAGAAAUGCCUAUCUUCUUGCAAAACAUUUCUGAGCUGGAAGCUAGCAGCACAUGUAGUACAGUAAAAAUGAUCCAUGAUGGAAGCCAUCCAUCUUUCUGAAUUACAGAAAGAUUCUUUUGAACUUUCCCUCUAAAGCAAAUUGUCCCUAAUUUGUAGAGAACACUUUCUCGAUUUCUUGCUGAUACUGACAAUUGGUCUCAAGUUACUGCAAAAUGCAGUAUUUUUUGUAACAUCCAUAUGAUGCCAGUCAAGUAGUCAGGCCCUUUCUUUGGCCAUAGUAGUUUCAGCUGGGCUCUUUAUAAGUACAAAGGCAGAGUUAACUCCUUUGGGCCUUGUAGCUCCUUAAUAUAAGAGGUUAAACUAGACUGCAGUUUGUUUUCUAUGCAUCUUAAUGAGCACUGGAAAUAAUCAUGGGCUUUUAAAUGUAUCAAAAGGGAAAUGUUUUGUCUAGAUAAGGAGCUGCUUGCUUUGUUUUGCUAAAGUUUGCUCUUCAUUACCUUUCAUUUGUCUUAUGCUGUGUGUUCUUUUUAGUCUGGCCUGUGGUCAGAUUAAAUUGUGCCUGAAACAUGUUUUGUAAAACAGAGUACAGUCCUCUGGAUUUGGAGGUUCAUUCUACUCUUCUUAAAUGCACGAUACUCCUGGUGAUAGUAAUAGGAGUUGCAUGUGCAGAUGCUUUUAUUUCCAGUAGUUUAAUAUGUUUUCCAUAGGAGAGGCUUGCAUUUAGAUAGACUUAACAUUUUGGAUGUGUAAAUGAAUUCAUCCAUCAGUAGGACAUUUAAAAGUAAAUUUUGAUAACCAUAACUAACACAAUGGACAUCUUUUAAAUGCUGAUAUGUAAUUUGACAUCUGUCGAGGUGAGAAGGCUGAAUUUCUUGUUCUAUCUAAUGCGUCAUUAAAAACUACAAUGCUCUAUAGUCCUGUAGACUAUUCUGUAGUCUAUUUGCAUUAAUUUGUUCAGUAGUGAGGACUAUAUUCAUAAAUAAGUUUAGAUGGGAAAAUAGGGAAUAUGUCUGUGAGGAAGGCAUCCAACUCAGUUUCUUUAUUUUCAUGUACUCUUCAUUUUGUCGUACCAGGUAACCAAGGAAAAACAUGUUGUUGAAGGCCACUGUUAAGAAAACCCCUCAAAAAUAUUCUUGUCCAUAAAGGUUUCUUGUUGAGACAUUUUUGGAUUGCACUUUUGCAGAAGGAAGAAUAUGUACAUACCAAAUGAAUGUUGAUGAAAUUAAAAUAAUUGGUUAUGAUAUCAUUUGCGUGUGUUGUUAGAAAAUAUUUUGUUGUGACUUCUCUGUAUUAAAAAGUAAUAAAUACCAGACAGCUAAUAAUGUGAGUUCUUCUUCCCCCCACCGUCUAUUAGCUUGUUUCUUACACCUGCUCUUUACAGAAAGGCUAGAUCUAUUCAUCUUCACUAUUAAAGGACGUGGUGAAAUCA